ACCCGCGACCACCACAGCUCAUCAAUUGCUUGAACCGAUUCUAUUGUAAAUCCAAUACAACUGCUACAAGAGCUCGCAUUAUAUAUCGCCCACCAAAACAACCCCAACACGCUCUAUACACCCGAACAAUGGCUUCCGAAAACCCCACCAAGAGACUCAAGACCGAUGCGCCCUUGAUCGGAACGCACAAUGGCCACUUCCACGCCGACGAAGCCCUCGCCGUGUCCAUGCUGCAGCUGCUCCCUGCCUACCGCGACUCGCAGCUUGUCCGCACCCGCGACCCUGCCGUUCUGGCCGAGUGCCACACGGUGGUAGACGUGGGCGGCGAGUACGACGACAACAGCAGGCGCUACGACCACCACCAGCGUGGCUUUGACGUCGUCUUCCCCGGCCACAAGACCAAGCUGUCCUCUGCGGGGCUCGUGUACAUGCACUUUGGCAAGGACAUCAUCACUGCCGUCACCGGACUGCAGGGCCCUGACCGCGACCUGCUUUACGAGAAAAUCUACACCGACUUCAUCGAGGCCUUUGACGCCAAUGACAAUGGCAUCAACGUCAUUGCCCCCACGGACCUUGAGAAGGCGGGGCUCGCGAAGAAGUUUGAGGACCGCGGGUUCAGCAUUGCCAGUGUGGUGAACCGCUACAACUAUGGCCCCAAGUCGCCCCUCUCGGACGAGGCCAAGACGCCCGAGGCCAAGCAGGCCGAGGAGGACAGCCGCUUCAUGACGGCCUCUCGCUUUGUCGGCGAGCAGUUCCGCUACGAGCUCGUUGACCGCGCCGAGUCGUGGCUCCCUGCCCGCCACCAGGUCAAGCAAGCCUAUGACAGCCGCCUCAAGUACGAUGCGCAGGGACGCAUCUUGGUGCUUCCUGAAGGCAUGCCCUGGGCCGAUCACCUGUACAUGCUGGAGAAGGAGACGCCACAGCCCGAGGGUGUUGCUCCUCAGGUUCUCUAUGUGCUCUUCCCUGAAGACAAGCCAGAGGGCAAGUGGCGCAUUCGUGCGGUGAGCAAGGAGAACGGCGGCUUCGAGAACCGCAAGGACCUUCCAGACGCAUGGAAGGGCGUCCGGGACGAGCAAUUGGACCAGGUAUCAGGUAUCCCUGGCUGCGUCUUCGUCCACGCCGCCGGCUUCAUCGGAGGCAACAAGACGUUUGACGGUGCCUUGGCAAUGGCACAGAAGGCGCUGGAGCUGUAAGAGGUGGCGGCAUGCGGGGCUGGAUUGAGGGGCUGGAUUGAGGGGUUUGGAUAAGCAGCGAUAGUUGCUUCUACUUUGCAUAGCAUCGUCUGGCGUUUUGGGCUACAUAUCAAAAGUUAUGAUACCAACCAUGUAGAUAGAACAGCAUGGUAGAUAGGAUUACGAAAAUGUCGUGAUUGCACCAUCGUCGAUGGUGAGUAUAU